UCCACCUUUGUGAUAAGCAAACGCACAUCAUUUUGUUGCAUGGUGUAACAUUAUAAACAACCCAUCUUUGCAGGGCACAGGAAGAAGGGUUGCCAAGAGCAUGGUGUUCACAAACAAGCCUUCCGUGGAUUUCGGUUUCAUCCUCUCUGGGCACUCAAGCUGCCAAGUUUGCAUCUGAGCUGACUCAGAAAUCACAGUCAGUUGCAUUAGUUCUAUAAUGACAUCCACUGGACCUGUGCUUGAUGAUCACUGAAUCUGAAAAUGCAAUUUUACAAUGGCCUUUAAAAUCAAUCCAAAUAAUCAUUAAAGUCAGCAGGCAGGUAACAGAUGGCGUCAGAAUGCUUUAUUUAGUUUCUGAAUGAGUAAAAAUAAGCUGAGGCAGCAGUUCUGACUGUAAGAAGGGGCUUCAAAACACAGAAGGCAGACGGGGCCCCAAGGACGACUUAGUGUAAAACUCCCUCCGAAAGCGAGUCAGUUAGGACACCACUUAUUUUGGGUACAGACACCGAUUCAUCAGCUGGACGGAAUUCAUGAGCGUCGUCUGCAAAGCCACGUAACUUCCUGGUAGCAACUUCAAAUGCCCCAGGAGGGACAAGCAGGACCCAGAGAAAAAAGGAAACCACCAAAAUGUCACUGCUUCAGUGUGAAGCUGUUACCAGCUGUUGAGAUUCUUUAAUUAUCAGAAAAUAAAACUUUUCAGGCAAAUCUGGUAGGAGUUUUAUAGCCUGACUUAUUCUAAAAAUGAACUCACAGUGAUUCACAAGGAUAUAUUCAAAAUAACAAAGGAAAAAUACUGAAGGUACAAAGGGAAAAAUGUGUUACACCCCCAAAUGCCUGACAGAAUCCACGCUCUAGGCAACGGGAGUCUGCUCAGAACACACAGAGGAUUUGGUCUACGGACCUGUUGAACUCGCUGCUGAGAGCAUCGCACAGACUCUACAAAGGCCAACAAAGCACUGUGAUUUAUGGGCUGCACCACGGCCUUCUGAAAAGGAAUUCCGUCUGUCGAACACUAUGGGGUCAUCAAACUCUCUGAGGAGGAUGUGCUCCUAAAGAGUCUGUGGCUACAAAACUCCUUAAAACUGGCCAGUGUUCUAGGAGGAUGGGGACUGGGUUUUCGUGUUUAGGGUGGAGGUCCAGUGCUUGCAUGACAAGAGACCCUCAGAACCAGAAAAGAAAGCGCCUGAAGAUGUGCCCCGCAUAAGGCGCCAGCAUGGACGUUUGUCCUCAGGAGGUCUGGGCUGUCUCCCCUCCUUGAACAGCCGACCACCCUGUUCCUGAAUGUCUUCAGUGAGCGAGGGCUGCACUGUUCGAUAUAACGGACUGCAGUGACCAGUCUGUGGUCGGACGGUGCGCUGGCAGGAGGACGGUCCUGAGCAGGGGAGUGAAAGCUGCCGGGGGCAGGGUCUCUCCGCACUGAGAAUGUUCCCCUACUGUCUGCCAGACUGCAGCCUGUCUCAGGGAAGGUUACUCCCCUUUGGUGGAACAGCAGUUACUCCACUUUGGAGUGACUGUCUGAAGACAAUGUUCAACGUUCUUAUUAAAUUCUAAGUCGUCAAACUGUGUUCUGUAGGCUUACUUAGUUUCAUCAAGUUUAGUGACAGGCACACCCUGUGGGAAACCAAGUCCUUUGGUUACAAGGCCAGGACUUUCCUUAGAACCUCAAAACCCCCCACAGAACAGCACCCAGGGGUCUCAGAGAGGCUGGUGAGUAAGAAAGAGGAGAGAGGAACUGAAGAGGACAAGGCGUGGCGGGGGUGACCUCGGGGUUGAAGUGACAGGAGUGCUACCGUAGGCUGGGAAGGAAAGACUGCUUCCUCUCAGAGCCUGUCUGAGGAGGGGAGAGCAGAGAGAACAGACAGCUGGGGUGAGUGGGAGGCGCAGCCAGAUCGAACUGUGAUGACUGUGAACAUCAGAUACUGCUCAUACACUCUGAAACGUCCCUUCCACCUGUCCUCCCGCCGCCGGGGGGACUGGGAAGUGCAGACAACUGGCAGGGAAGGCUCUAGGCCACCCUUUGACUCCGCCUACCCCGCUCUGUAACUCUCCACGCCCCCACGCCCUGGCACUCCGUCCCUACCUCCCGGUCUGCCAUCCUCCCUGGCUCGGCUCCUUCAGUCCUCUCACCCCACGUCUACCCUGUGUCGGUUCUGAAAGGACCCCUUUAGGCACUGGGUGUCACCCAACAGCCUCCAGUCUCCAGAGAAAAGAAGCUUUCAGCAAAGAUAUGAGACAAAUUUAAGCCCUACCUACCCCUAAGCCCACGAAACACGGAAACUCCAACGUUCAGAGACCGUUAAGACAAAACACACAAAUAAUGGGGUAGAUGAUUCUUCUUACGGUGCAGAAGUGGCCACUUCCAGCUUCCCUGGAUUUAAAACUGUGGCCUCAUCUUCAUUUGCCUGAUUUCAUUCCUUUGAGAUACAGCUGGUAUUUGCAAAUACAGGAAAUGCCCAACAUUUGCCUAAAUAAGGUUUUAGGACCCUGCCCAAAUAGAGCUGCAGUGUAAACUGUGGCAGUAGACUUCUCAAGUUCGAAUUUUGGUGCCCAGUUGGCUAACAGUGUAACGCAACUCAAAUGUCCACUCAUGAUCAAAUACAGUUACACUUCAUGGGGGACCGGUGAAGCUCCCUGUAUAGAAAGGCCCUUCCAGGAAAGUGUCCUGCUCCGGGAGGAACCUGCUCUGCCAUCCUCGCCUCCAGACUCUUCUCAGAAUCACUCCGAAUAAUGGAGCCCAUGUUCUCUGAAGCCACAGGACAGCCCCUUGGUAACUAUGGUAACAGAUAUAAAAGUGCUUUUUACUUAUAAUUGAAUGCUUAUUUAAAAUUACAGCCACUUUUUCCCUUUCUCAAUGUUAAGUCUAUUAAAGGGUUUGAUUACAAAGAAGUGAGUACACAGGUAAUAGACGCACUUAAAAACUCCUGUUUGACGUUGCCAGCCCUUUCCCAAAGUCAGUCUAUCAGUACACCAAGAUGACUUGCUGAAAUUUCAAAUUAAGGUAUUUAUAAUGAAUUUAAAUAUUUGUCUCCCAAAUCCACUAUAAUGUCAAUGCUUUUGCAAGCUGAGAUUAUGUUUCUCAACACAGCAUCCUUGGAUGCAAGAGGCUCGAGGCAGCUGUUCCACUUUCCAGGCCAGAGUGUCCAGGACAAGACUGACAGGAGCGUAGAGCAGACGUCAGAUUCACAAGAGGCCCCAGGUAUCCUCACUACAGGCCAGGCACCGCCCAGCCCCGGAGAAAUAGUAACGAACAAGGCAGGCGGAAAUCCUGGCCCUCCUGAGGUCUCCACUCUUAGAGGUCUUCCACCAGUACAGGGCUCCGAGGUGGUAGGACUCUUGAUGUGCUUUGAAGUUUAGAAGCAGCAGUUGGUUGGCUGACUGGAUGCUGGGUAUGGAAUCGAGGAUGGUCUACACGCCAGGGUGUGCCAAACGGAAGGACGGGUUUGCCACCAACUGACACGGGGAGGCAGGGGGGACUCGGUGUGGGAAGGUCAGGGGCUUGGUUUGGUCCGUGAUGUCUGUCAGUGAUGUCUUGUCGGCAGGUGAAUACUCCGCUUGGGAGAGGCUGGGAAAGAGACAUGAACUUGGGGGGAGGGAGAUAAACUGGGGUGAGAUUCAUCCAGGGAAGUCUAUGGACAUAAAAGAUUUAAUUCCCUUUAAUUCUGUCCACUUUAGAAACAGACAAUGUCAAUGAACUGUAUUUCUCCACAUACCUUUAUUCUCCAGAUCCUUUUGUAUAUGAGAGAUUCUGCCUGAUUAGAGGUCUGUGGUUAAUAAAAGCUAUUUGCAUUUCAGAAUCUGUCAUUUAAAAACAGUUGAUAUUGAAUAAGUAUCAAGGCAGAAGAAUUAUCAAAAACAUUUUGAAAAUAGUAAUGAACAUUAAAGCAAGCUUAGCCAUUGAUUCUCGGCUGGCUGUGUUGUGCUGGGGUCAGAGAUGAGAUGCGUGUCCCUCCACCCGCCAUCUGUCAGCCUCAGUGCAGGCGAGUCUGCACCGACAAGCACGGCAAGGAGCCCCACUGGCCAGGGCACUAAAGGGUCCAGGGGACUUCUCCUGAUACAGCAGGAGCAGCUCCUGUCAGUGCCUGAACUUCAACUCCACCUCAUCCAGUGUUUAUACAGGGAACUGUUCACACACCUCCACGACAUAAAAGAUGUUCCUAUAACAACAUUGGAAUGAAUACUAUGGCUGAAGAGCAAAUCCACAGCGAUCAGAUGUUUAACAUCUUGCUAAAUGCCUGACUUAGAUGAAAAGAAACCACCAAAAAACAGCAAUAAAGAAAAACCUAGAAAAACCCAUAUAAGUGGAACAUGCAUUUUAUUAUUCCUUUCUUUUAAAGAAAUGGCUAACAUCUAACAUGACUAUCAACAGUUUAAAAAUUUUUAAAAUCCAAUCAUAAAAUUAUCUCCCAUUCUAUACAGGGGAUAUGAAUUUGUAGUUUGUAGAACUGAAAUUACUGAGAAAGAAAAACUGAGAACCCGAAAUAGAUGCAGGUGUGAUGCGUCUGUGCUGUUACUCACGACCUAGGAUGUCAGGGCUGGAUAUCACUGUUGCAGCUAACGGUUCGUCACGUCAUUUUGAUGUACUUUCUUCAUGUUUCUCAAAGCGCUAAUAUUAAAUUACACUCCAGAAACCUUCCUCAGGGGAAGGCAUCACAGAAGGAAAUUCAGGACAGCCCCCCGCCAAAAUUCUGUGAGCUGGCUGGCGCCGUAUCAGUGAUACCCAGGAGCUGUGCAGGAAGCCUCAUGUGUGGGUGUCACCUCCCUCGUCACAUGUCCCGGGGGUUCACGUGAAGACAACUGACCAAGCGGACUGAGACAGUGACAGCUACAGACAAAAGGUUUGAUGUCCCUACUUGGGAACUGUUCUGAAUAACCGGUUUUACGGCUGACGGCGGCAUUUGGGUCAGGAAGGGAUUCUGGUCCCAACUAGAAAGGAUCUCACAUUCUCAGAGCAAAGGACAGUAGCUUCAUUGUUCCGUUCUGAGUACCUCGUACCUGAAGUGAAAGAAGUGGCACCGCAGCCUCUGUUACUUGGUCCUCCACUGCAUGGCAACAGCGACGAUUCUGACCAGCAGCCAUUGCAGUUGAGCACGAGGAUUUCCUGGGCAGACAAAGCCGACGGUGGUGAAGUCAUGGGCUUGGCGCGCAUCCAGCUCCUCGCUUUUGCCCUGGCCUUCUGCGGGGUCUCUGGAGUGCUGGUGGCCACCGUGCUGCCCAACUGGAAGGUGACUGUGGACACGGGCCCCAACAUCAUCACGGCCAUCGUCCAGCUGCAAGGGCUGUGGAUGGACUGCACGUGCUACAGCACCGGCAUGUUCAGCUGCACCCUCAAGUACUCCAUUCUGUCCCUCCCCACCUACGUGCAGGCCGCACGGGCCGCCAUGGUCCUGGCCUGUGUCCUGUCUGCUGUGGGAAUCUGCACUUCCACGGUGGGGAUGCAGUGCACUCGCUUAGGAGGGGACAGAGAGACCAAGAGUCACACUUGUUUUGCUGGGGGCGUCUGUCUCAUGUCUGCAGGGAUCUCCGGUUUAAUACCCACAGUGUGGUACACAAAGGAGAUCAUCACCACCUUUCUGGAUCUGACAGUUCCCGAAAGCAACAAACAUGAACCUGGAGGAGCUGUCUACGUCGGAUUCAUUUCGGCCAUGCUGCUGCUGACCUCUGGCACCAUUUUCUGCACUUCCUGCGUGAAAAGAGAUCCAGAGGCCUGGCUCUCCCCACCCAAGCAGCAGCGCACGCCCAGCACGAGGCCGGAGGGCGACUCAGCGUACAACCUGAAGGAUUAUGUGUAAAUCACUGUGUAAUGCACAUGGAAUUUUUAGAGGCCUGCUGGGACUUUUGUCUUUUAGAUUAAAAAAAUAUAUACCAGAAUUAUGCUUAACUUUCUCUACAAAGGUUUGAAAUGCUUGAAAAAAUAAAUUUAAAAAAAUGGCAAGGUCAUUUAAAAUGCCAACAAACUCUCAUGUACAGUUAUAUCUGUUGUAAGAUUAUUCUUCCAUCCCUAUUUUCAUGUUUUAUCUAAAGGUUUAUAAUUGAAAGAGGCUCUGAUCAUAUUACUAAGGCAAUUAAUUGAUGGCUUUUUCUUGCUUAAGAUAACCUGUCGGUACAUUUUCUGAAUUGGCACUUAAUUGGGUUUCAUAAAAUGCCGAGUGUGAGUAGCACCCUGCCCCGGUGUGACCUCAGGGUGUGACCCCAGGGGCCGCCUCUGUUUGCCACCUGAGUGGUGCCACCACAGGCACCUGCUUCUGUCCGCAGCCCCUCCGCAGCAUGGUGCCAGGGGCAGAAGAGCUGGCCGCCUGCUCCAGCAUUGCCCUAACCAGCCACCCAACUCCCCACCUGUGACCUCCCUGUCCCUUUUCUUAUUUUAGAAAAACACCCACAUCCAUUUGUGAGAGCUGACAAUACGACAUUCAAAGAUGAGGCAGAAUUGAAGGGCAGACUCUGGUAAGUGCCACCACAGCAAAGCAAAAGCAAACCAAACCACACUCAAGUCUCUAGGGAUUUUUGAGCAUUAGGCACAAGCCAAGAGCUGCCAGUAUGUUGGUGUGAAUAUGUGCAAACAGGUCCCCCUUCUGCUGCCAGCAACAGGAUUCUCUGGGUUAACUCAUUUAUCAGGACGAUUCAGAUUUUUCCCCAUCUCGUUUGAUCUCUCAUUCAGAGUUACUUUUAAGUUGUCAUUUUAUGUUCUGGUUUGAUCCACAUUAACAAAUACACUGUUGUUCUCUUAUAAAUGAACUGCUUCAGUGAGUUAACUGAUGUGAAAGUAAUUUUUAAAGUAUAACAAAUGCUUUG